AUGCACCCGUACAACCGCCUACCGAGUAGCGGACACAACAGCCCGUCGCCGCCGCAUUCGCCGCUCCGUUCGCCCCGCUACCGCCAAAACCGGUCCUCCAAAGCAUCCUCGGGUCGGUUCAUCAACCAGCCGGGUCGGACGCUAAUCCAACGCAUCGCCUGGCACCUCCUCUCCGUUCUCAUCCGCCGCCAGGGCUUCUUCCUCUUCGCUCCUCUUCUCUACAUCUCCGGCAUGCUUCUUUACAUGGGCUCCGGGUCCUUUCCCGACGACCGGUUACCUAUCAUCCCCCGCCAUUUCGCUCCCGGCUCACGGUACCGCAGCCCCCAGCUCUACGAGAAGCUCCGCUCCGAAAUGGACGCCGAUAACUCCUCCGCCGAUGCGAUUUCGACUGUCUGGAAGCAUUCGUUCAGUGCGUAUAAGGGUGGGGAGUGGAGACCGUGUGUGAACACCUCCUCCGGAGUUCUGCCCGAGUCAAAUGGUUAUAUAUAUGUUGAGGCAAAUGGUGGUUUAAAUCAGCAGAGGACUUCUAUAUGCAAUGCUGUUGCCGUUGCAGGAUAUCUCAAUGCAACACUUUUAAUUCCCAACUUUCAUUUUCAUAGCAUCUGGAGAGAUCCAAGUAAAUUUGGUGACAUAUAUGAUGAAGAUUAUUUCAUCAGUUCGUUGGAAAAUGAUGUGCGGGUGGUCAACAAGAUUCCUGAGUAUUUGAUGGAACGAUUUGAUCGCAAUAUGACCAAUGUUUACAACUUCAGAAUAAAAGCAUGGUCGCCAAUUUCAUAUUAUAAGGAUGCGGUUCUCCCAAGGCUACUUGAAGAGAAGGUUAUACGGAUUUCCCCUUUUGCCAAUCGGUUGUCAUUUGAUUCCCCUCCAGCUGUUCAACGACUUAGAUGCUUGGCUAAUUAUAAAGCUCUAAGGUUUUCAAGUCAUAUAUUAACUUUGGGAGAAACUUUAGUUGCAAGAAUGAAAGAACGCAGUGCGAAUUAUGGUGGCAAAUAUAUUUCUGUGCAUCUUCGGUUUGAAGAGGACAUGGUUGCCUUUUCUUGUUGUGAAUUUGAUGGUGGGGCGCAAGAAAAGGUGGACAUGACCGAAGCAAGGGAAAGGGGUUGGAAAGGGAAAUUUAACAAACCCGGGAGGGUUAUACGUCCUGGAGCAAACAGGAUCAAUGGAAAAUGUCCCCUUACUCCUUUGGAAGUUGGCUUGAUGCUUAGGGGAAUGGGAUUUGAUAAGAACUCAGUUAUCUACUUGGCAUCUGGAAAGAUAUAUGAUGCUGAGAGAACGAUGGCUCCAUUACUGGAAAUGUUUCCUAAUUUGAUUACGAAAGAGAUGAUUGCUACAGAUGAGGAACUUGCUCCGUACCAGAAUUAUUCCUCCAGGAUGGCUGCAAUAGAUUACACUGUUUGUCUCCACAGUGAGGUAUUUGUGACAACUCAAGGAGGAAACUUUCCCCAUUUUCUGAUGGGACACAGGAGAUACUUGAAUGGUGGACACUCCAAGACUAUUAGGCCAGACAAGCGGAAAUUAGCAUUAAUCUUCGAUAAUCCAAAAAUCGGAUGGAAGACUUUCAAGCGUCAAUUGCUUAGUAUGCGGUCUCAUAGUGAUUCAAAGGGGUUUGAGCUUAAGAGGCCAAAUGACUCUAUAUAUACCUUCCCAUGCCCGGAUUGCAUGUGCCGAACAAACAAGUCAGAGGAUUCAAAACUGUCAUUAGCUACGUGAUUUGGCAUGUUGAUGUUGGGUGGGUGUUCCCUGCACCCGUGAUUUUGUGAGCACACCUUGCUGCUGACCCCUCUUUUUUGUGUUGGUAUUCUUUCAUUUUUUUGCCCCCUGCCUGUAUGUGGAGAGGGCAUACACUCAAGUUUUGGGAACUACGUGGAAUUUGUUGGGGGUCUGAAUUAUUUUCCUGGGGAUUGGACUGCGAGGAAGUUGCAUAUCUUGUAUAUGUGCCUGAAGAGAAGAGGCAACAACGACAACAAUUCUUCCAUCACAGCAGUUCUCGGGUGUUGACUGAGCGUUUCGUAUU